UUUUCCCCUAUUUAAAUCACACGUACAAAACUAUCUCUGGGCAGUAGCUGGGGCAAUUGCAGGACUCACCAAGUUUGUUUUCAGAGGAUCACUGCCCUUCAUUGAUUGAUGCCCAGUGAUUGAAAAGGAUUUUUUUUUUCACACAUUUUCUUUUUUUUUUCUUUUUAAUUGAUUCAGGUCCUGCUUUUGCAACUACUUCGAUACAGGGCCAAGUGUUCCUGUUGAAGCAGAAACAUGACUAUGGAGGACGCUUCUUUGAAAAUCUUACAGACAGACCCUACCUCCAGAGAAAGCAUGGAGGAGGGACGAUCUGGUAAAGACCUCCAAAGAAAAUGCCUACAAAUUGCAUCUCCUCUAAUCCCGCUUUAUUGUUGCAUCAGCAUUAUUAUGGUCCUAGCUACAGGUGUGGUGGUACUUUCCACUUUUUUGGCAGUGAGAAACACAAAGCCGGUCUUACAUGUUCUGUAUGUUACCUGCCCAAAAGAAUGGAUUGGAUUUGGAAGUAAGUGUUUCUAUUUUUCUGAAGACACAAAGAAUUGGACAUCCAGCCAGACAUUCUGUACCUCAUUAGAAGCUGUUCUUGCUCAGUUUGAAACCGAGGAGGAGCUGAACUUCCUGAGAAGAUAUAAAGGCCCUUCUGACCAUUGGAUUGGCCUUAGAAGAGAAUCAUCACAUCAUGCUUGGAAAUGGACAGACAGCACUGAAUAUAAUGCCUCGUUUUUUAUCAAAGGAUUUGGGGAAUGUGCCUACCUGAAUGACCUUGGACUUAAUAGUGCCAGGAGCUACACAGGUAGAAACUGGAUUUGCAGCAAGACAAAUAAUGUCUCCAUGGACUUAGAUACUUUAAGGACUUCUUAGGGAAUUUCACGCACCAUCUUCAAGAGAUGCAUUAUAAAUUGUUAUAUACAGGGGCUUCCCUGGUGGCGCAGUGGUUGAGAAUCCGCCUGCCAAUGCAGGGGACGCGGGUUCGUGCCCCGGUCCGGGAAGAUCCCACAUGCCACGGAGCGGCUGGGCCCGUGAGCCAUGGCCGCUGAGCCGGCGCGUCCGGAGCCUGUGCUCCGCAACGGGAGGGGCCACGGCAGUGAGAGGCCCGCGUACCCUUAAAAAAAAAAAAAAAAUUGUUAUUUACAGUUGCUGCUGUAUAUAUCACCAAUGUGCAUUUAUAAUACUUGUUAACAGCAAAGAGGCAAGCUAUCCUUGAGUGAUGUAAUAUAGGGAUUUGGAAGAGCAUGAUUCUAAAUUAAGUAGGUGUUAAGUAGUAUGAGUUGAUAUUUAUAUUUUGAACCCAAUAAAUAUGAAUGAAUUCCUCUUUUUCUAUACAGACAGCCCUGCAUUUGUACACAUGGGACCAUAAAAAUGACUAUGAUAGCUGAAACCAUGCAAAAUGAUUUUAAUAACCAAUGAGAAAAGAUACAAUUGGUUAACACAUUCAAAAUUCUCUUACUGUCAGUUAAAAAUAUAUAGGGAAAUUUUAAAAAGUACGAAGACUAGGGACUUCCCUGGUGGUCCAGUGCCUAAGACUCUAUGCUCCCAAUGCAGGGGGCCUGGGUUUGAUCCCCGGUCAGGGAACUAGAUCCCACAUGCCGCAACUAAAGAUUCUGCAAGGCUCAACAAAGUUUGAAGAUCACAAGUGCUGCAACUAAGACCUGGCACAGCCAAAAAAAAAAAAAAGUACUAAAACUAAUAUUUAUUUUAGACUCUGUAUUUUAAAACAUUAGAAACACUGAAAAAGUGCUUUUUACACUUUAAUUCUUAGUGUUUAUGUUUUAAAUUACUGUGUGCUAAAUAAAUAUUAUACCUAUAAACAAAUACCAAUCUUUUGUUUACCCUUUAUUGGAUUUUAAAAAUCCUGUUUUUAUCCCAAUUAAAUCACAAAUAGUUAGUUACUUCUACUCAUUAGGCAUUCAAUACCCAACCUCAGAACUGUUUAUAUACGAUUGAGUUUUAGAAACAAAAUGUUUUAAAUUUUUACUGCAUUAGCUACACUGUACUGAUGAGUCCCAAAAAGGACGAAAUAACAAUUUAUAAUGCAUCCUCUCUCUUUAUGUACUUCCAUUUCUCCCAUCUCAUUGGUGUAUUUGUCAGCUGCUUCUUCUUUUUUUUUUUUUUGGAGUCUAGUUGAUUUACAAUGUUGUGUUAGUUUCAGGUGUACAGCAAAGUGAAUCAGUUAUACAUACACAUAUGUCCACUCUUUUUUAGAUUCUUUCCCCAUAUAGGCCAUUACAGAGUACUGAGUAGGGUUCUCUGUGCCUUACAGUAGGUCCUUAUUAGUUAUCUAUUUUAUAUAUAGUAGUGUGUAUAUGUCAAUCCCAGUCUUCCAAUUUAUCCAAUUUAUCCCUCCCCACCCCCUUACCACCUGUUAACCAUAAGUUUGUUUGUUUCUGUUUUGUAGAUGAGUUCAUUUGUACACUAUUUUUUAGAUUCCACAUGUAAGCGAUAUUGUAUACUUGUCUUUCUUGUCAGUUUCCUCUUGUAAUUCUAUGUCGAGUUCACUUCUGUGUCCUCGGAGACUAGUGUUGGGCUGGCCAAAAAGUUUGUUCAGGUUUUGUGAUAUGGAAAAACCCGACCUUAACUCUAGUUUCAAUCUGAAAUAAAAUCACACUUCAA